GCGGUAGCGGGGAAGAGUUGUUUCACGUAACGUUACGCUGACCAUACUGACCUGUCGCGGGCUAACCGCUAGAUACGUUUUGUCGGACUCCGUUUAAAGGAAGGUGACAGCUAUUUAUUGACUUGGUCCUCAGGUUGUGAGAAGAUUUCACUGAUUUCUCUCCUCGUGUGGACGAGACCAAACUCUGGUCUGUGCUCUUUUACCUUCUCUUGUUGUGGCCUUAGCUGGUCUUUGUUAAGAACUGCCAGUCGAUGGCUCUGAUGGACAGACACAAAGUCAAGCGGCAGAGACUGGAUCGCAUCUGUGAAGGCAUUCGCCCACCCAUCCUCAAUGGGCCCAUGCACCCUCGGCCACUGGUGGCGCUGCUGGACGGGCGUGACUGCACGGUGGAGAUGCCCAUCCUGAAGGACGUGGCCACUGUGGCCUUUUGCGAUGCCCAGUCCACCCAGGAGAUCCACGAGAAGGUUCUUAACGAGGCUGUGGCUGCGCUACUCUAUCACACCAUUACACUUUCACGAGAUGACCUGGACAAGUUUAAAGGGCUUCGGGUCAUUGUGAGAAUUGGGAGUGGAUAUGACAACGUUGACGUUAAAGCCGCGGCAGAGCUUGGUAUAGCUGUGUGUAAUGUGCCUGCGGCAUCAGUGGAGGAGACGGCAGACACUGCCAUGUGCCUGAUUCUGAACCUCUACCGGCGGGUCACCUGGAUGCACCAGGCCCUGCGGGAGGGCACCCGAGCAUCCAGUGUGGAGCAGAUCAGGGAGGUGGCUGGUGGUGCUGCUCGCAUUCGGGGAGAGACCCUGGGCAUCAUUGGCCUCGGGCGCGUGGGACAGGCCGUGGCUUUGAGGGCGAAGGCCUUUGGUUUCGGGGUGAUCUUCUAUGACCCGUACCUGCCCGAGGGUGUGGAGAAGUCACUGGGCCUCCAGCGUAUGGCCACCCUACAGGACCUGCUUAUCCACUCAGACUGUGUUUCCCUUCACUGCAGUCUGAAUGAGCACAACCACCACCUCAUCAAUGACUUUACCAUCAAACAGAUGCGCCAGGGUGCAUUCCUGGUGAACACAGCGCGGGGGGGGCUGGUGGAUGAGAAAGCCCUUGCUCAGGCUCUCAAAGAGGGCAGAAUACGGGGAGCAGCUCUAGACGUCCACGAGACAGAGCCCUUUAGUUUCAGCCAGGGCCCUCUGAAGGAUGCCCCCAACCUGAUCUGUACACCGCAUACAUCCUGGUAUAGCGAGCAGGCCUCCAUUGAGGCCAGGGAGGAGGCAGCACGGGAAGUCCGUAGGGCCAUUACAGGUCGUAUUCCAGACAGUCUGAAGAACUGUGUUAAUAAGGAGUACCUGAUGGCUGCUUCCCAGUGGCCGUCUAUGGAUGCUGCAGCUGUGCAUUCUGAACUUAAUGGAGCUGGAAGCUACAGGUUCCCGGCUAGUCUCAUUGGUGUAGCACCGGGUGGUCUAGCCAGUGCAGGGGCAGGAGUGGAGGGCAUUGUGGCGAGCACUUUGCCCCUGGCCCAUGCCAUUGCCCCGGUCUCGCACCCACCGCACACCCCCUCACCCGUGCAGCCCUCCAAGGCGGAGGCUGACAGAGACGUCCCUUCUGACCAAUAGCAUCCCAACACAUUCCAUCGUUGCCCCAGCGAUGCCCUUUCACGUUUUGUAGGGCUGAACCCAUGCCGAAGCCCUGCUUUGAUGUGACCCCGGGUCAACCUAGUUCAACAGAACACAAGUCUAAACCCAGAAGUGACCCGCUGAAAAACAUUGUUUGUUUGUCCCCCUCCCCCCUCGUCGUAUCCUCUCCCCACCCUGCCCUCACUUGUGCAGUAAGCAAUAACUUUUCUCAAGGAUUAAGUAAUUAAGUCAUUUUUUUAGGCAUUUAAACCCCUGUUUUUUUGUUUUGUUUGUUUUUGUUUUUUUAAAUCUACUCUGGAUUAGUUGGAGUUUAUUUGAGUAGUGUCUCUUCUACCUGACUUCUUUCUGUCCAGCUGUUUUAGAAGUGUAGUGAAGAAAGCAUGAACCUUUCUCUCCCACUCCCCACCUACAUUUGAUAUUUCACUUCCUUUACCAUAGUGUGGAACAGCAAAGCAAAGUCAAAAAGAUGGCUUAAGUCUUUGAACAUUUUAUUUCCUUUAUGGUUCCAAGGGAUAGUCAACAACAGCAACUUAUUUCCAAUCUUAACUAGAUUUCGAAUGACGUCUGUGAUCUGCAUGUGGCUCUUGGUAACUCGGAGCACAUGGAAAGCUCAAACUGGUUUCCACUCUUCACAUUGUGGGCAUCCUAUAGAACUCUGUCUUGUCAUGAGAGUGGAAGACGAGGGAAUGCUGCCUCUCCUGGAACUAUUAAGGAUUUGUUCAGUCAUGUACUUCAGUCUGUGUUUAAAGUAUGCAUGGGUGACAGGUCUGCUGUGAGAUCAUCAUAAAUGGGACAUUCUUUGUGUACAACCGUUUCAUUGAUUUCCAUAUACAACGUGUCCAGUUUUCCAUGUCACCUGUCAAACUAUGUGAGAGUGAAUCCUUUUGGUCUCAGUGUUGCAUUGUGUUUGGCGCCUUUCAGAUUUUUUAGAUUUUAUAGGACAAAGGUGAUUAUAUAUUAUGGGAGUGUAUGAAAUCUGCUCUUAUUGUUUGGUUUGUGUGUAACUCUGAACUUCACCCUUGUCUUUGUGUUUGUUUCUCUUAUAAAGACCUUUUGUUAGAGGAUAUACAGUAACCUGUUUGUCAUUGUCUACACUUAAACAGACUAUCAUUAUUUUCACUGUUUUUAUGAAUUUAUGGGAAGGAAAAGGAGGCAUGUUUUCAGUCUGUAGGCUGUAGUUCAUUCACAAACUUCAAUAUUACCAUUAUGUCUUCAUACACUGCUCUUUGUAACUUCUCUCUGUGCUGUUUUAACAAAAUGGUGGACAUGCUUAUUUUUUCUCCUUUAACAGUAACAUGCUGUAGUUUUUGUUGGGUGGGAUUGGGUUUUUGUGGGGGUGUUUUUUUUUUGUUUUUUUUUUACUCUUGCUUGUUUCAAAUAUAUUCUUGUCCUCCAUGAUGAACCUGAUGUGUACACCUCAGUAUGCUUUACCCCUUUGUUUCUCUCUUUUUUUUCUUUUCUCUUGGUCCCUCUCUUCUCUCACACUGAUAUCUCUGUGUUUCCUGCCUGUGCCUCCUUGAGUGAUUAGGCCUUGUACUGACGCACCCUGGGCCACCCUGCCUUUAUCUCUUGUGGUCCUUCCCUGUUGCUCCUGCUCGUCCUGUGACAUCACUGUGUAGAAGCCAGCCCAGCCCUGCCCUUGCCUUGCCCGGCCAGGCACUCAAGCAAAGAGGAAACCCCUUGUGUAUUGUACACUUGCACGCGCACACAUGUCCUCCAGUAAACCUACUGCAGUAAAAGUUUUGGAGAUAUGCUUAAGGUGAAGGCUGGGCUUUUUGAGUCUGCACCUCCCCCCUCAUCCCACAACCCUUGGUAAGUGACUCCCAAACUAGUCACAGGGUCUUGUUCUUCAUGGAAAAAUGGAAAACUCUGUAGUAACAAAGAGCUACCAGUAGGUGCCGGUGAUGCAAUGUUUCUCAGAGUUCAGUCUCGCAGCACUUCAUUUCACACACUGCAAUUCUUUCAGACAAACUCGUUCCAGCUCAGCACUGAUCAAGGCUUUUGGAGAAUGUCCAGGGUUUUGUUUUUUUUAUAAAGGACAGUGUCUACCUAUUAGAAACUUGAUAUUGGAUCUGGUCAUAUAGAGAUGGAGGCAGGCAGACUUGGAGUAGACCACUGUCCAUAAGCAGUCAACUGACUUCCAAAGACCUGGGGCAGAGAAGUGUGGGCCGCACCGUUUGUCUCUCUAACAGUAAAAUCCCUGAGACAGGCGCAUAUUUUCUCCUGCAGAUCCUGUCAGUGUUGGCUCUUCUCUGGUUCUCCACCCCACCCUUUCUUUUCCUAUAAUUGUUAAGGAUAUCUUUAUAUCUUUUUCCAAUAACUCAACCCAGCAUAAGGAGCACAGAAGCUUAAAACGAGAGUUUGGAUGAAGCUAGUUCACGGGCAAACCAGUCAUUGUCCAAAAGGGGACGCCAUCCCCAGGAUAAGCAUGUUAGCUCUGAAUACUGUUCUGCAUCAAGGGAAAACCUUUGUAGUACCUCAGUAACAGAUAUUGAAUGUAUGCUUUACUGUUCUUGUUCUUGCUCUUUUUUUUUUUUUCUUUGUACAGCUUUUUUAGAUGGUAGUUUCCUAUUUCUGAAGUGUUGCGUGCUUGAGUGUAUAUUUUCAGCUCUUUCAAUACGUCUGAUGAACCCUACCCAUUGUUGAAAUCCUGCCCUCCCCAUUUUUUUGUUUUUGUUUUUUUAAAUAUGUAUAAAGCAUCCACUUGUUUGAUUAGCUAGAUUAAUAGGUUAAUCUUAUGUUUAGAGCUAACCCUUUCUUUCAUUUGUAAUUAAUGAGCACAAAUCAACAUUAAUUUACUCUGUGGAUGUAUGUGUAUUAGUGAUUUGUAUAAUUGUGGGGAUUAGGGUCUGGUAAACUAGGUAACUAGUGCAUUUGAAAAUAAACUCUUAACAGGAUGAUUUAAGAACAUUGCCUACUUCUAGGGCCAUUCACCCUUAUCCUAAACUUGGACUAAAUUAUUCUGUUGAGUAUUUUUUUUUCUUGGCAAAAAUCCAGUGUAGUUUUAGUACAUUUUUUGUCAAGGACAAAAUUGUAUGUUGGAUCUCACUGGCUUGAAUCCCACGUCUGGACACUGUUGUUUAAAUGAUUCUGAUCUUCAUGCCAACAUACCCCUUGAACGAAUAUGAAUCUCAUGGAAUAAUGCAUGUUAUUCACAUGAGGUCGAAAUACGACACAAUAUUGCAAUAUAGGAACUGUUUUUGGAUAACUUGGUGCAUCCUUGACUUCCCUGUCCCCAUUUUGCUGGUUUUCCACAUUUUGAUGUUUGGUUUCUGGUGUGGUAGUUCUACUGAACUAAAGUGGCACCCAUUAUACCCAUAUUGAAAUUUUCUUGCUACUCUGUCCUUUGCUAUAUAUUUUUGACUGCUGUCAUUUAUUGGAUUUUUGAGCAUAACUGGCAUUUCCUUUGCUAUCGUUUUCAUCAGGCUUUGGCAUCAGCUGUGCACUGUACAUUUACAUUUUUUGUGUAUAAUUAAUUUUAGUUGAUAUCGUUCAGUGUUCUACAUGUUGUAUGGAAACAUUUCAAACAGAUCUCUCUUCCCUUCGUUCUUCCCCUCAGUCACAUUGCAUUUAAAGAUCAUUUUUAGCAGCUAGUCUAAUGGGCCUCCUCCGGGAUUUCACUUACAUGUAAUCAUUUAGCCCCUCACUGCCUUAAAGAUGUAGACUGUGAUGGGUUUGGUGCCGGCCUCUUUCGGCCAAUCCCUGCAGUACGCAUACAAGAGAGAGGAAGUUUUCUUUAGCCAUUCUCUGCUAAAAGGUCAUAGCUCUGUGUGCUGUAUGCAUAUGUCCAGCUGGAUUUUUCCUUGAGUUGUGAAUUGGGCGCUGGUUGGCUGCUCUUUAAAGCUCCUUUUCAGGCUCUGCUAACCCAUGGAAUGGGGUGCAGCUAUCGCUAAAUCUAGUUCAUGAAGGGAGAUGGAGUAUAGAGGAAAAUGUGAGUCUGGAGCAGUCACUUUCUCUCUCAGGGUUCAAAUGCACACAUAUCCUCCAGGAGUUUGUGGGUCACUCAACUCCAAAACCUCAGAAUGAAGAUCUAGAACUCCACAUUGUUCUCAUUCAGUCCUUUCUGUCUACAUGAUGUCUCUUUUCUACUCUCCCCUUUUUUUUUUCUUCUUGGCAUAUUUGUCGCACUGACAUCUAACAAUGAAAGAAUGAAUGUUUUAAUUGAACUGUGUGUAAUGUUGAAAUUGGGAAAUGUAUUUUUACAACAUGUGAACUUUUUAUUCCUUUCUUUCACCACCUUUUGUUUUUGUUGUGAAUUGAUUCUUUUCCCCCCCAUCACUAGACUGCAAAAACAACAAAAAGGAAAAAAAAAAAACUCCAAUAACUAGGCUCUUAAGCUUUUACUUUUGUUUUUGUUUACUUUUUUAUUAGAAAACAAUCAUGUUUGUGAUGGUAACCUCUGAUGGUAAAUUCCACAAGGUAUUUUAAUAAAAUCCUAAAGAUUAA